AUGGGAGGUCCCCGGUCCCGGGAAGGACGUAUUAUAGAUUACGUCAUCAAUGUGUAUGAACUAACUCUAGCUUCUAUUUUCUUUGUUAUUGUAGGAGGUCCCGGAUCCCGGAAAGGACGUAUCGUAGAUGACCUCAUCAAUGUGUAUGGCUUUAACUAUCUCAGCGCAGAAGAUCUCAUUCUCGGCCACCUCCCUAAGAAAGUUCGCAAUGUCUCCAAGCUAGAAACUACAAAAGAUAUUUGUGAUUUUGUACGGGAUGACCCUAGUCACAUCAGCCUAGAAUGGGUUCUUACACUCAUUGUGAACCAUAUAGAAGCAAACCCCAAUGGAGCUUACCUAGAUGACCCUAGUCACAUUAGCCUAGAUUGGGUUCUGACACUCAUAGUGAACCAUAUAGAAGCAAACCCCAAUGGAGCUUACCUGGAUGACCCCAGUCACAUCAGCCUAGAAUGGGUUCUGACACUCAUAGUGAACCACAUCGAAGCAAACCCCAAUGGAGCUUACCUAGUUGAUAUUAUGCCUAAUUUGAAAUGGCUCAUGAGAAUUGAAACAUUCUCAAAAGAAUGUAAAGAUGAGAUCAAAGCAUUUGAAGAUAGGUUUAAGGUAUCAUUUGCGCUGAACUUAGCAAUCCCGGCUGACAAAGCCAUUAAGAACAAGGAAAUCCAUUGUGCAAAGCACCCAGGGGCCAACAGUAAAUUGAAGAAAGAGGGGGGACAGAGCGAUGAGGCUGAUAGCGGACGCACACAGAAAAGGGCGGCUCUACACGAGGAGUGUGCCAAGCCAUGGCUACAGUACUUUGAGUCAGGUCAACGACUAGUGACGAUUGAUGUAUCGUGCGGGAGUGCAGACCCGAUCUGGUACAAAGUCAACCAACUUUUUGUGGAAUUGAAGUUUAGGCCACAUAGAAUGGCCAACACUGUCAUAAUAUUCUCAUUUGGUAAGUGA